CUCUUCAGCGACUCCUUAUUUUUACAAAUGGCUGAAGCGUCAGUCGUGUCGUAGCACAGAUACAAGGAGGUACGUAAACACAACAACCAACAGCAGAUCUGCUUUACUCUCCACUGCAAACUGCUUUACGGAUGGCGGAAGCCCCAGCGGUCGAUGAGACGUUGAAAUCAUGUGACGUCUCGGGAAUUUUGGACGAGCUUGUGGAGGCACAGAAUCACUCCAGAGUGCUCGGAGUCAAGCUAUUGCCGCCACACGAGGUGGAGGCGAUUCACCGCCAAUACCAGGAUCCCAAAGAGCGUCUGCUGCAAAUUCUUCUUUCCUUCACGAGGCAAAACCAGCCCAGACCGACAUGGAGGGUCGUUGUGGAAGCUCUCAGGAGUCCUUCUGUCAAUCUACCAGGUCUAGCUGCGAGGGUGGAAGCAACUCAUUUCCCUGACUCUACCGCAACACGUGAUGUGUUACCUGAGACUACUACUGACACCAAAGAGUCUGCAGCCAACACUACUGCUGGUGAUGAUGCUCUCAAGAAUCCUGUAGUCGGUCUAACGGCUCUAGCUAGGACGGUGGAAGCAGCUAAUAUCCCUGACUCUACCGCAACACGUGAUGUGGUACCUAAAGAGUCUGCAGCCAACACUACUACUGCAGCUGGUUAUGGACAUGAGAUAAGAACAGAGCUAUCAUCUCAACCUGCUACUGGCCUAAAACCAUACCGCACGUCUAAGGAGGUCAAAGAUGAUAUUGAUGUUCUUGAGUGUGAAUUUAAUAGUCUAAAGAAAAGAGCUAUAGAAUUGCUUGAAGCAAGCAAACUUGGGGUUGAACAUGUUGUAUAUGAAUUAACGACAUUAAGUUCAUCUGAAAUAGAUCAAUACAAAGUUUUCCUCGAAGAGAAAUUAGAGAAGCUUAGACAAAGUAAAAAUAACUUGCAAUUAUUUGGUGACCUUAACCUUCACUGGACAUAUCUUUCUCCGCAUUUUCUGAAAAACCUUGUCAACAAACUUUCUCCUCUCAAUGAAUUGGAAAGUGAUAUGAAAGCAUAUAUGAAUGAUCUUCACAUUUUUCGUGAACGAACGCCUUUGGACAUUUUCUGCACUGUUGAUAAGAAGUAUAUUAAACAACCAGAGGGGUUUAGCGAUGUUGUUGUCAAGUUUAAAGAAGUCAAAUUGACAAAAGGAAAGCUGACUUUACAAGACAUUGAGGAUUUCCGGCAGCAGUAUGCAGAUUGCUAUCAACUCCGUGAAUUUGCCAUUAUGCUGAAAGAUGAAGUCAAGCAAAAGUCCUUCGUUGUUACAUUCUUUGUCCCAGACUCGGUUAUCGAAGUCUUAAGUGCUAAGGUCCCUAGGGAAUUGCUUCUAAAGUUUGGGGUUACAAAACUUGAUGUUGCUGGAACGUGCCUUUAUAGUGAGGGAGCUGGACAUGCAGUUCAUGUUCAACCUCCGACCUCAACAGAUGAGCAUGCACACAAGAAAGCCUUGGCCAAACAUGUUCCAGAAAGAAGUCAAUUCGUUCGGGAGAGAAUUAGUCGAUUCGAGAAGCCGGCAGAGCCCCGGGCAACCCCUAGCAAGAAACAAUGGAGGAACACCUCUUCCGGGGAACGAAUUUCAUUCCUGAAAGGGGCAGCACCAAGAAGUCCUGCUAUCAACCAAACAGAACAAAUUGAAACAGCACAAAUCCCUGCCCCUACCUCGACACAUGAUGUGGGACCUCAGACAACUGAGAGUGUGGCCACCAGUAUUAUCCCAUCCUCAAACACAGACGUGCCCAAGACUGCCGGUAGAGAAAGUCAUGCAGACACUUCAGAUGCUGGGAAGUCUAGAAUUGCAUCUUCUACUCGUGAGAAAUUAUCUGAAAAACCAACAGUGCCAAACCAAAGUCAAUUUACCAGCAGAGAUGUUCUGGAUAAAAUGAAGGAGCUGGAGAAAAAAUUCCUAGCUGUGAAGAGCGACACCAUAAAGAGCCUGGAGACACACCACAUUUCAGUUGAAUCUGUAACCGACUCUCUCGGAUCACUCUCACCUGACGACAUUAGUGAGCACAAAAUGUUCUCAGUUGAUCAAAUGGAUGUUCUCGAGAAAGCCGACAAUCAGUCUAUGCUCAUUGGACAGUUGGACUACAACAUGGACUAUCUCUCCUACCACCUACUGGAUAGUAUCGUCGAUACGUUUGGGUUGAAAGAGGUUAAACCCCAGAUGGAAGAAUACAAGUCAGAACUAAUGCAAUUCAGAAUGAAGACGCCCUUAGCUUUAUUCUGUCAGAAACAAGAGAGAAAAAGAAUCAGGCUCUCCCCAGGAUUUGAGGAGGUGGUGUCAAAAUUCGAUUACACCACUGACAUGACACUUGAAGAUGUGGAGCAGUUCCGACUAGCAUACGCUUCUCACUACAAACUACAAGAGUUUGCAAUGAUGAUAUCUGCAGUUCGUCCUGGUUCGUUUAUCGUCACCUGGCACGUACCGAGCUGCAUUGUCGAGAAAUUGAAGACAAACGUUCCGAAAGGCAUUCUGAAGAAAUGGUUUGUUGCGACACUCACAGUUGCUGGCACCUGUGUCUACCAUUUCCAUCAAACAGAGAAUUCUCACAGUGAACAGCCUCUCACCAUCGACAGUGCUGCAUCUAUAACUGAGGGAGCCGAAACGGAAGACUAUCUAUUUGUCGAGCAGCCAUCUGAUGACUUAUUCUGCCCAGUUUUAAAGUGUUUCCUGCUUCAUCCCCACCUCACUUCAUGCUGUGGCAAACAUCUCUCGCAAAAAGCUGUUGCAGAUAUAAGGGGAAAAGGAGGGGCGUGUCCAGUGUGCAAGACGCAAAGUUGGAGCACAAUGUUGGACAAACAUUUCCAGCGUCAAGUGAACUCACAGCGAAUCUGUUGUCGUCACGACGACAGAGGGUGUGGCUGGCAGGGAGAGCUGGCUGCCUUUCAUCAUCACGUGAAGUCCUGUCCAAUGAAAGAUGGUCCUCCCCAUGACUGAGCUAGUGAAACUGCCAGUAUACAGUGAAGAAGUUACACAAUCAGGAGACGUUUCCGAGUUAGGCUUAGAAAAUGUUUCACGAAGAUCUCUGGAGAAAAGCACAACACUGCAGGUGGAGAAACUGAGUGAGAAGGAAGAGAUGUUGCUGCAACAGCUAGCAAGAAAGCAAGAAGAAUUGGAUAAAGCUCAGAAGCAACUAAAAGAGAAGGUGAACUGUGAGUGUGUGUUGAAUAAAAUCAUUGUGACUGUUAUGAAUCUGCAGGACGAAAAGCUGCGGUUGAAGGAGAGUCAAGUGGCAGAUCUACAAAAGCUGCUCAAGCAAAGAGAUCCAGAGACAAAGACCAAGACUGGUCUCCUAGCAACAGAUACACCUCCUUCCAAACAACCCGCACCUUUUCCAAGAAAGAACCAAGUACCAGCUCUACCACCACACCCUCUACCCCUGCACACACCAUACGAGACUGUUAAUCUACAACCUACAGCUAAACCAAGAAAGAGCAUUCCUGGCCACACAAUGACGUGCACACCUGCACCCUCCCCACCUGAACUAUCACCACCUGCACAACAACCAGCACAGCUAAAGGUUCAAUGCCUCCAUAAGGGCAAGAGACCACCUUGUUCCAUGCACAGAGGAUCCGUAGCAACUGACGGCACACCUGCGUACUUUACAUCACAUGACUCCACCUCACUGUACAAGUAUCAAUUCGAUACGGAGCAAUGGACGGAACUUGUAUCAUGCCAUUAUCGAAACUCUGGACUAGUCGUACUUAAAGAUCAUGAACCGACUGCAGUGGGAGGACGAGAUGGAUCGUUGCCCACGAAUAAACUGCUCACACUUCGGCAGAAUGAACUAUGGCACGAGACUUAUCCGCAAAUGCGAACAGCACGUUCCAGCCCUGCUGUAGUUAGUACGUCUGAUUGCAACCAUGUUGUCGUUAUUGGAGGGUGUAUUAAUAUUGACAACUGGACUACUACCGUCGAAAUACUCCAAGUGAAAAGCAAAACGUGGUACAAAGUAGCCAAUAUGACAGGACCUCUCCCUUUCCCUUCAGCCGCAAUAUGUGGUGAUCGAUUGCAUGUAAUAGGAAGUGAUACCAGUGGAUACUCAUGCUCUCUUCAGGAAAUACUACAGCAGUGUCAACCAAUAUCACAACCACCACUGCACUCUGUGCCACAUACAUCUAUAUGGAGAUAUCUCCCCACUCUACCUCAGAAGGAUUCGACAGCAGCAACUCUCGGUGGAGAGCUGGUAGUGAUUGGUGGAGGGUUUGGAGAGUCAUCAGUGAACUUUAUUCACCAGAUAGUUGACCAAAAGUGGGUGGAGAUUGGUUGCUUGGCUACUGGGAGAAGGAGGUGUUUGGUAGCCAAUGAAUCGCCCGAGAAGAUAUUCAUAGUUGGAGGAAUAUCGGAAGACAGUGUUGAAGAAUGUACUGUUAUCGAUGCAACUGCUUUUAUGUAGGUGAUUUAGGAGUAUGUGCAUAAUAGCUAGAAGUUAGAAUCUUUCAUAAUUAUUUAUGUAACACAAGGGGUAUUUUUUCAAGCAAGUGUUGAAUGCGCAGUUUAACACGAGUAUGUAAAAGCAUUACGGUAUACACAAUGCCCAGUGCAAGUGAAGCAAAUGCCUGUCAGUAAUAUUCGCACAAUAAUUAUCAGUAAUAAUGAUUGGAAUCUACUAAAAUCUCUCCUACUUAUGGAAUAUAUACAAAAUACUAAAACUACAACAGAAAUAGAGUUCUAGCAAGCUAUAAUUAUAACUGAACAUUUUUGGAAAUUAAUGUUUAGAAAUUUUGUCGCAGCCUGGA